GUGCAAUCCGCAAUUAACCCUUAGCCUACAUGGACACGGCUACACAACCACUUUGACAGCACUACGUACAACUCAUCAAUGCACGUAUAACAAUUAUUUUUUCAAUGGGUCAAAACGAAGAAAGAAAAAUCACAAUUUAACACAUUUUCUCGCCAUUUUCUCAGCUACAUAUUCUCACCAGUCCAUUGUUGCCAGGUUCCUCGAAUCUCUCCGCUCUCACCCAUCUGACGAAAUCUCCGUCCUUUGAAUUGCCCCAAAUCAAGGGAGACAAAUCUUUGUCAGCUCGAGAGAAAGCGAGAGCAGGGGACCUUGGUUUUUGAGCUCCCUACAGCAAUGGCGUUCAUGUCCUUUCUCGGUAGACUGCUCUUCGUCUCUGUGUUUGUUCUCUCUGCUUAUCAAGAGUUCAAUGAAUUUGGAGCCGAUGGUGGGCCAGCAGCAAAGAAUUUGAGGCCUAAAUUCAGUGUCUUCGCCAAACAUGUUACAACGCAGACUGGACUGCAAGUGCCUCAUGUUGAUAUGAAAAAUUUGAUUUUGGGCGCCAUUGCCGUGAAAGCCCUUGGAAGCCUCCUGUUUGUCUUUGGCAGCUCUCUUGGAGCUUCAAUAUUGCUUCUGCAUCAAGCAAUCUCGGUACCCAUCUUAUAUGAUUUCUAUAAUCACGAUGCUGACAAGAAAGAGUUUGCUCAGCUUUUUGUCAAAUUCACACAGAAUUUGGCGUUGCUUGGGGGCCUGCUGUUCUUUAUCGGCAUGAAGAAUUCAAUGCCUAGGAGGUCGCCUAAGAAGAAGUCUGCUAAAGCCAAAACAAAUUAAACUAAGUGGGUAUUUGAUAAUGAGUUGUGGAUGGUUUCUUACAGUUUUACCCGAUAACUAUUUUGUAGAAUUUUAUACCUAGCUGCUGCGGUAAUGCAUGAUUUUUCUUUAUUGAUCUAUCAUGACUUCAUUUUCCCACUAUGUUAGCUUGGGCAAUGGUUGUCAAAACUCCAGCUACAACUUGGAUAUUUAUUAAGAAAUAUUGAGAAUCGCAUUGCUUGUUUUGUGGUUUGUUCUCGACUCCUUUUUUUUCAAUCGUGCAAAUGCUAUUUCCGGUUUGAUUGCGAUGUACUAGUUUGAUCUCAUUGAUUCUAUUCCUGGGAAUUUACUUGGUCAUGAUUGCACGAUGGGAAGUUAUUUUGAUUUUUUGUAAUGUCCAAUUAUUUUUUAGUGAUCGCGUGCCCAUUCCAUAAUUUUUUACUCGAG